UAUGAUCCAAUCGGGUGAGGACAUGGAGCGAUCAUAUUUUAAAGAAAUAUGAACAAACUAGCAUAAAUCAUGUCUCUUCUUCUUCCUCCUGCGACCAUUCUUACGGAUCUCUUCUCACCACUCUCAUCCUAUUUCAAAAUUAAUCAAAGAUUGUUCAACAUAAAGUUUCAUAGAAAAAACAAUUUAGGUUUAGAGAUGGGUUGGUGGUGGAGGAAGAGGAAUAAGAAGCGAACAUUGGAGGAGGAGCGAACAUUGAAGAGAGGAGCCAAGUUGUUAACAGAUCUGAUCGAAUUCGGCCAUGGCAUAUCCAAUCCCAUCAAAUUCUUCUCUGCUGAUGAGAUCCUCAAAGCCACCAACAAUUUCAGCGACUCUAAUCGUGUUUCCUCCGAUUGGUAUUCAGAUUUUGAGAUGGAUUGGCUGUGGAAGAAGAAGAAGAAGAAGAAGCCAAAAUCCGAUGUAGUGUCCGAUAUAGUGUCUGUGAGAGGAGCCAAGUUGUUAAAAGAUCUGAUCGAAUUCGGCCAUGGCAUAUCCAAUCCCAUCAAAUUCUUCUCAGCUGAUGAGAUCCUCAAAGCCACCAACUAUUUCAGCGACUCUAAUCAUGUUUUUCUAUCACUUCCCUUCGACUGGUAUUCAGGUAAGAACGAGAACCAUCCCUGAGGAAUUGCUACCAAGUAUUGCCUGCCAGGUAUUUCAUGAAAUGUUUCAAUGGGUUAUGUUGAGCUGCUUUCGUUUUUUCAGAAAAAAUCGAAGAAUGUGCUGAAAAUAACUUCCAUUCUUGUUUGUAUUAAGACAAUAUCAAGCGCAAAGCUUUUCUUUUACUUUUGUCAGAUCUCACCUUAGUGCUCGUGUCUGUAUGUUUUGGGUUUGAUCGAUCCCUCUGUUUUUGUUAAUGUUAUCAAGACAUUUUAUGAUAUGUAUGUGAAUCUCUCCAAUAGAUGAUAUAUAUUGAUGUUUAUAUAUAA